GUAUCUCGCCUUUCCCAUCCCUAAUGUUCUUAACUACGUCUAACGUGGCUCUAGCCACUAUCGUAUGUACAUAUGUUUUUACUUUCCUUGCCUUAUUGUCUUCCGCCAUACACGUAUUCAUGUGUAUUAAGAAGAGUAGACUUUCAUGGGAUGAUAUCUCGACCUUCAUCGCUUUUGCUAUGACAUUAGGCCUGGUGUGUCAAACUACCUGGGCAGUAAUCGACGAAGGUCAAGGCCAACACGUCUCGGAUGUGACACGAAGCCAGUUUGAACUGACGGCCAAGUCUUUACUUGUCAAUGAGGCUUUAUGGGCAGUUAUAAACAUGUUUAUUCGACUUUCUGCCUUAGGCUUGAUUUAUACACUAUUUAAAAUAAAACGGAUUGUGAUGAUAUGGACAUGGGCUUUCAUAAGUAUGUCGAUUAUGCAUGGAAUUGCUGCUAUAUUGACCGGUGUCCUCAUAUGCCAUCCCAUCCAGGCAUCAUGGGAUACACGGGUUCAAGGCACGUGCGGAAACCAAACUACAGCAUAUGUUGCGCUAGAGGUCGGCGGUCUCGUUAUUGAUAUAGCUAUUCUAGUCAUACCAAUGAUUAGUAUUCUCGGACUCAGACUUAACAUGAGACGCAAGCUCGGUAUUAUCUUGAUGUUUUCAGCGGGUUCCUUGGUUACUAUCAUCACGAGCUUCCGCAUCGCCGCGUUACAUCGAGUUACUAGUACUGAUUUCAGCUAUGAUCAAGGUUACUUAGGACUACUGUCUACUCUAGGAGCGCUUCUUGGUAUUAUUAGUUGUUGUUCAACUUCUCUUCCUUCAUUCAUCCACUAUCUUAGUCCAGGAGAGACUCGUCGACAACUACCCCUAAACAGUCCUAGAUCCAAGCGGACGACUCCCCAGACAGAUAUUCAAGAGGCUAGAUCCCUAAGCAAUCACUGCGAAGAAAAGGAAUGUGGUGAAGAGCAAAUCGUUAAAGAGGGAGAUAUUGUUUAGACCUUGGAAAUCCGUAUGUCAAGAAAUCUAUAACGGGAAAUAAAAUGCUUUAAAUAGGUAGACUUAUAUUAGAAGGAAUAUUUAGCGACCACUAGUAGAGUGCUGUAUAAUCACACCUUUUCUUUUACCAUUUUUCAUGAAUUUUGACUAGGUAGAUAACUAUGUAAAAACGUAAUAAACAGAAACUGCAUUCUAUGAUAAA